AUGGGAUGUGGUCACUACAUGUAUGUGGACUCUGUUUACGUCAAACAUUUUCAGGAAGUGGCCCAGCUAAUCUCACCAAAGACCACAGCCCCAAUGCGUGGGUGCUUAUCUUUUUAUUACCAACUUAAGCAGGAGAGUAGCAUUGUUUUUACUGUUUACUUGAGAGACACAAGUGGCUUUUAUGAAGAGAUCUGGAAAACAGACAGUGCACUGAGUGUGGACUGGGCGCUAGCAGAAGUUGACUUCAAUGCACCAUACCCCAUGGAGGUAAUAUUUGAAGUUGCUUUCAAUAGCGCCAAGGGAGGUUACGUUGCCCUUGAUGACAUUUCUUUCUCUCCAGUUUACUGCAGCAAUCAGACAGGAACUCCUUUCAAUCCUGCCGAGGCAGGCUGCAAUUUUGAGGAAGAUCUGUGUAAUUUUUACCAGGAUCACAAAGAUGGCCCAGGAUGGAGCAGAGUGAAAGUGAAGCGUAAUGUGUAUAGAGCAGGAGAUCACACUACUGGGUUUGGUUAUUACUUGUUGGCGAACACAAAGUUUACAUCACAGCCUGGGUACAUUGGACGUCUGUAUGGCCCAACCCUGCCAGGAAAUUUGCAGUUUUGUCUGCGUUUUUAUUAUGCCUUAUAUGGGUUUUUCAAAAUGAGUGGUACUCUUGCUGUUUAUAUCUUUGAAGAGAAUCAUGUUGUUCAAGAGAAAAUCUGGUCCGUCGUGGAUUCUCCAAAGGGAGUUUGGACUCAAGCUGAUAUCUCCUUCAAAAAGCCUAUGCCUUGCAAGGUUGUCUUUGUCAGCUGGUGUAAAAGCUUCUGGGACUGUGGACUUGUUGCCCUGGAUGAUAUAUCCCUGAGCUUGGGAAGCUGCCAGGCUGCUGAUCUAUUGCUGCCCAAUCCUGGUGAAUGUACUUUUGAAAAAGAUGAGUGUGUGUUUACCCAGAAGAAGAGAGGUCGUGGGAGUUGGCACAGGAGGAGGGGUCCAACUCCCACUUCUUACACCGGACCAAAAGGAGACCACACUACUGGGGUAGGAUACUACAUGUAUAUAGAGGCAUCCAACAUGGUCUACGGGCAGAGAGCAUACCUAGUUUCAAGAUCACUAAGAGGAACCCCUGGAAAACAGUGCUUAACUUUUUUCUAUCACAUGUAUGGAGCUGGGACUGGAUUAUUAAGUGUUUAUCUAAAAAAGGAAGGUGAUGAUGAAGAGAUUCCUUUGUGGAGGAGGACAGGGGAACAAAGUAUCUCAUGGCUAAGGGGACUGAUAGAAUAUGAAAGUGACAGAAACUACCAGAUUAUUUUUGAGGUGAUCCGUGGUGUGUCAGUGAGAAGUGACACUGCUAUUGAUGAUAUUCUGUUCCAGGCAGGACCCUGCUUAGAAGUGGAAGAAAUUCAGUUCUCAUCAGGCUAUCCUGACAGCUUAAACGAAAUUGAAUAUUAAAUACAGUCUGCUGAAAGGAGUGAAGCGCGUAGAAGAUUUGUAUGUGAGAAACUGCACAAACUGCCUAUUUUAAAAUAUGUGUUAAGUAAAUACUGGACUGAUUUGAAUAUGCACCAAUGUAUAGGAAGAACUCAGAGCACUCAUGUUCCUCACCUUUGCAAUGAAAUUAUUGACUCAGGGCUUCUUAGACUGUUUUUUUUUUUUUUUAAUAUUUUUUCUCUUUUGCAUGAGGUAUCAGUUAUUAUAUAAAGGCUUCCCAUUUUGCACAGAUCAUUCAUUUUAAUGCCUUUUUUUAUUUUUUUAAACCUCUCUGGUAUAUAGGAGAAAGGGGAAAGCAAAGGUGCACAAUUAAAAUCCAAUAUUGUGUAAUCUUAAAUCUGCAUUCAGUGAAUGUUUUGUGUUGGGUACAGAACGGAUUUUGUUAAGGAAAUUAUAACUAUUUUGAAAUAAUAAACAAAAUAGUAUUAGCUACUAGUAA